CCCUUCUGGUAUUUGGUUUAACAGGUUCAUGGUUUGCUUAGUCAGUGAGUCCCCGGCUAGUUUCUUUCAGAGGAGCAAACACUUCAGCAACUCAACCUAAAGUGUGCAUCUUUCAGGUCAAAAUGAAUGUGAUGAGCCUUGAGACUGAACCAGAACAAACUCAACGCAAACCUCAGGGCAGGGACCAGUGGGCCAGUAAAGUGGAGUACAUCCUGGCAGUGGCUGGAGCCAUUGUUGGCCUGGGAAACGUCUGGAGGUUUCCAUACCUUUGCUACAAAAAUGGAGGAGGGGCUUUCUUCAUCCCUUAUGUUUUGUUUUUGUCCCUGUGUGGCAUCCCACUCUUCUUUCUGGAAACAUCACUGGGCCAGUACACCACUCAAGGUGGAAUAACAUGUUGGAGGAAAAUCUGUCCUCUUUUUGAAGGUUUAGGUUAUGGCAGCCAAAUGGCUGUUUUGUACGCUGGGGUGUAUUACAUCAUCAUACUGGCUUGGACAUUUCUCUACCUGUUCUCAUCCUUCAGGUCUGAGCUUCCAUGGGCAAGUUGUCAUAACAGCUGGAACACAGGUGGGUGUUUUGAGUAUGGUCGCAAUCAAACAUCCUCUCUGUACCUUAAUGGAAAUAAUACAUCUUCAGUUAUAGAAUUUUGGGAGAGGAGGAUCUUGGGCCUGUCCAGUGGAAUUGAGGAACUUGGAAAUAUUCGUUGGGAGUUGGCCCUUUGUCUACUUCUUGCUUGGAUAUUGUGUUACUUCUGUGUCUGGAAUGGUGUGAAGUUCACAGGAAAGGUGGUCUAUUUCACAGCCAUAUUUCCAUAUAUAAUGCUAGUGGUGCUGCUUGUUCGAGGUCUCACCUUACCAGGUGCCCAAGAUGGGAUUGUAUUCUAUCUAUACCCUGACCCGUCCCGCCUCACUGAUCCAGAGGUAUGGAUGGAUGCUGGCAGCCAAAUUUUCUUUUCCAGUGGAAUUUGCACAGGUGUUCUGAUAUCUUUAGGAAGUUACAACAAGUACAACAACAACUGCUACAGGGACUGUCUUUUCCUGAGCCUGUUGAACAGUUUGACCAGCUUUGUCGCUGGCUUUGCCAUCUUCUCUGUGCUUGGUUUCAUGGCAAAGGAGCAAGGUGUGGAUAUAUCAGUGGUGGCUGAAUCAGGGCCAGGGUUAGCAUUUAUUGCUUAUCCUAGUGCUGUGGCUUUAAUGCCACUCCCUCAACUCUGGGCUGUUUCCUUCUUUGUUAUGAUCAUCUUCCUAGGAAUAGAUAGCGAGUUUGUAUAUCAAGAGUCGUUGGUCACAACCAUCUCCGACAUGUAUCCCUCAUUUUUUCUCAACAAGUGUCACCGAAAACUCCUUCUUCUUGCCAUUAGUGCUGGAAGUUUCUCUGUUGGCCUGCUAAUGGUUACAGAGGGAGGCCUUUAUAUUUUCCAGUUGUUUGACUACUAUGCCUGCAGCGGGAUGACGCUCCAGGUUUUUGCUAUUGUUGAGUCUGUGUGUGUUGGCUGGGUCUAUGGUGCAGAUCGACAUUAUGAUCAUAUAAAGGACAUGAUUGGAUAUCGACCGUGGCCUUUUAUGAAAUAUUGUUGGAAGUACUUCACACCAGCUAUCUGUACUUGCACACUUCUCUUCUCUUUGAUCAGAUAUGCCCCACUGAAAUUCAACAACACUUAUGAAUACCCCUGGUGGGGCUAUGCCAUCGGAGGAUUCUUGACUCUCUCAUCAACACUCCUGGUUCCUCUGUGGAUACUGUAUGCUGUGAGCGUCACUCCAGGAACACUGAGACAGAGACUGAAUGUUCUGUGCACGCCAGCAAAGGACUUACCUGCUGCAACACUAAAGAAUGCAACAAAUCAUGAAGCAUUUCAGACUUUCACAGGCUUGUACACACUACGCACAACAAAAAGUCCUGAGUAGAAAUGACACAGCUCAAAAUUCAUCUUUUCUUUAAACUGCACAUAAAUGUGGCUCUAAUAGUUUGUAUUUCAGCUUAUUAAAACAAAUAUUAAAUAAA